GCCUUUCGGGGGCAAUGAGGGUUAAGUCGGCUAUUUUGCUCUGUGCAGAUAGAUUGAUUUCAAAUCCUCUAAUUAUUUAAAGGAUUUGCUCUCUGAGCGGAGAUACCCUCUCCAUACAAACCAUCAGGCCGUUAGUAUGCUCGUAGAGGAUCCUAAGAAUAUUGAGGCACGCAGUCAAGUAUAAAUAAACGGUCUCGGCCAAAAACAGACGAUAAAGCGACCUCGUCAACUGUCCAUAUUUUUCCACGACUUGUACACAAGGUUACAGUCCCUGAAACCACAACCAACUCAACUCAAAUAAAACAAGGACCGCAAACCUCAGUUGCCGCAACCAUGGUAAACUUCCGCAUCGACGUCGUCUCAGACACAGUCUGCCCCUGGUGCUACGUUGGCCGCAAGCAAGUCCAGCGAGCCCAGCAGAUCUGGCAGCAGCGCUACCCUUCUUCCACCGACACCUUUUCGGUCAAGUACGCGCCCUACCAGCUCAACCCCGAUUCGCCCCGAGGCCCUGGCAACAGCGUCGACAAGCACGAGUACUAUCUGCAGCGCUUCGGCCCAGAGCGCACCGCCAUGAUCCACGAGCGCCUCAGCGGCGUGGGCAACGCCCUCGGCAUCAACUUCAAGUUUGGCGGCAGACUGGGCAACUCGCGGGACUCGCACCGCCUGGUUCACCUCGCCAAGAAGUUCGGCGAAGAGACGGAGCUCAAGGUCGUUGACGGGCUCUUUGCCGCGUAUUUUGAGAAUGAGAAGGACAUUACGAGUUAUGAGACUCUCAAGGACGUCGCUGUGGGAGCUGGAAUCUCUGAGACUGACUUCAGCAAGGCCAUCGUGGAGAGCGACGAGGGCGGCAGGGAGGUUGACGAGUUGGCUGGAAGUGCGAGAUACAGGGGCAUCAGCGGCGUGCCGGAUUACACGAUUCAGGGCAAGUUCAAGCUAAGUGGUGCUCAGGAUGCGAUGGAGUUUGUCAACGUCUUUGAGAGAGUCAAGGCUCAGGAGCACGCGUAAUGCAUAAAUUAAGGGGGGGG